AUCGAGCUGAGUUUGUGGGUCCCACCUGUUUUUCUACAGUACAGAAAAGUAUACUCUUUCUUGCUUGCUUGCUUGCUUUCCCUCACUCUCUCUUCUUCUUCUUCUUCUUCUUCUUCACUGCCUUUCCAUCAAUCACUCUCUGUCCCUCGUUUCCUCUUCUACAUUUGAUAACCCUAUGUUUUGUCUCAGUCUCUCUUUCUCAAUCUGAAAAGAACAUUUUUUGAAUCUUGAAACACAGAAGAUUAAUGGAGAUUAGGCGGCUUCUCUUUAUGACACCUUGUCUAUCUAUUUCACUUCUUCUUCUAUUUCAUAACGCACAAGCUCAGGUUCCAGGGUUUGUGAGCUUGGACUGUGGAGGUAGUAGCAACUAUACAGAUUUUCUAGGACUUCAGUGGACUUCAGAUAAUCAGUUUAUGUUUGGUGAGACGGCCAAUAUAUCUGUUGCUAAUGAGACUCGGACGCAGUAUUCAACAGUGAGAUACUUCCCAGCAGAUGCUAAAAGAAAAUACUGUUAUUCCCUUGAUGUCAAACAAAGGGUUCGUUAUCUAGUAAGAACGACUUUCUUAUACGGGAACUUUGAUAACAAUAAUGUUUACCCAAAGUUCGAUAUUUCAAUUGGGGCAACUUACUGGUCGACGAUCGUCAUUAAUGAUGCCAGUACAAUGGAGGUGAAAGAGUUGAUAUUUUUGGCUACUUCCCCUACUAUCAGCAUUUGUUUAUCUAAUGCUACAACUGGGCGACCAUUUAUCUCCACUAUUGAGCUUCGGCCAUUUAAUGGUUCUCUCUAUCUUACAGACCAUGAAUCUCAAUUCUACCUCAGUGUGUCUGCAAGAAUAAAUUUUGGCGCCGAGAGCGAAGAUCCUGUCAGAUAUCCAGAUGAUCCAUUCGAUAGAAUAUGGGCGUCGGACUCUUUGAAAAAGGCAAACUACCUCGUUGAAGUCGCCGCAGGAACUGUGAAGGUGUCAACUAAAUCGCCAAUUGAUAUUAACAAAGAUGACCGGCCUCCUCAAAAAGUGAUGCAGACUGCUGUGGUUGGUACAAAAGGAUCAUUGACCUACCGUUUAAACUUGGAUGGCUUUCCAGGUUUUGGAUGGGCGGUCUCGUACUUCGCUGAGAUUGAAGAUCUGAAACCAAGUGAUACUAGGAUAUUUAGGCUUGUUGUCCCAGGCAUGCCUGACGUCACCAAGGCUGCAGUCAAUAUUCAAGAAAAUGCUCAAGGCAAAAAUCGGUUGUAUGAACCUGGAUAUACCAACAUAUCAUUCCCCUUUGUAUUAAAUUUUAAAUUCUUAAAAACAGCUGAGUCAACCUUGGGUCCCCUCCUGAAUGCUAUGGAGAUAAAUAAGUAUCUGAAGAUAAACGAUGGUUCAUUAGAUGUAAUUGCUUUUGCUGGUCUAGUUUCACACUACCCUUUAGCUGAUUGGGCAAGGGAAGGUGGUGACCCGUGCUUGCCUGUUCCAUGGUCGUGGGUAAACUGUAACUCGGAUCCACAACCAAGAAUAACCUCAAUUGAUUUGUCGGGGAAGAAUCUGUCAGGGAAUAUCCCCUCAGAAUUGGCAACUUUGCCAGGACUAACUGAGCUAAGACUUGGCGGGAAUUCCCUCACUGGUCCUAUACCUGAUUUUACUGGAUCCACAGACUUGAAAAUUCUUCAUCUUGAGAACAAUCAACUGACUGGUGAACUGCCUUCAUCUUUGAUAGACCUAGAUAAUCUAAAGGAGUUGUACUUGCAGAACAACAAGUUAUCUGGGGAAAUUCCAUCUGGACUUCUCAGUAAAAAUCUAGUUUUCAACUACACGGGAAACAAUGACCUUCAUCCAGGAGGCAACCGUAAAACCAAAACGGGUAUUAUCAUUGGCGCUACAGUUGGGGCUGCUGUUCUACUCCUGGCGACCAUUAUAUCUUGCCUAUUUAUGAAUAGGGGAAGGAAAAAACACCAUAACAAAGGUGAGCUUACCACCCCCAUGCCUUCUCAUAGGCUUGUAGUUUCUUCCUUAAAUGACGCUGGGACGGAAUCUGCACAUUGCUUUGCAUUAUCUGAAAUUGAAGAAGCGACAAAGAAUUUUGAAAAGAAAAUUGGAUCUGGGGGCUUUGGAGUUGUGUAUUAUGGAAAGAUGAAGGAUGGGAGAGAAAUCGCGGUGAAACUACUAACGAGUAACUCUUACCAGGGGAAGAGGGAAUUUUCCAACGAGGUGACUUUGCUUUCAAGGAUUCACCAUAGAAACCUGGUACAGUUUCUUGGAUACUGUCAAGAAGAUUCGAAGCACAUUCUCGUUUAUGAAUACAUGCAUAGUGGAACUCUUAAGGAACAUCUUUAUGGUCCUUUGACACGAGAAGGAGCUAUUAGUUGGCUCAAACGCCUUGAAAUUGCUGAAGAUUCUGCUAAAGGGAUUGAAUAUCUCCACACUGGAUGUGUUCCAUCCAUCAUCCAUAGGGAUGUGAAAAGCAGCAACAUUCUUCUUGACAAACACAUGAGAGCAAAAGUAUCAGAUUUUGGUCUCUCAAAACUUGAAGUUGAUGGAGCUUCCCAUGUCUCAAGCAUAGUGCGGGGGACUGUUGGGUAUCUAGAUCCCGAGUAUUAUAUCUCUCAGCAAUUGACAGACAAAAGCGAUGUAUAUAGUUUUGGUGUCAUUCUUCUGGAGUUGAUUUCCGGCCAAGAAGCGAUAUCCAAUGAAAGCUUUGGCGUGAACUGUCGUAACAUAGUGCAAUGGGCAAAAUCACACGUCGGGAGUGGGGAUGUUCAGGGCAUAAUAGACCCGCUACUAGGAAAUGAUUAUAACGUCCAAUCAAUUUGGAAGAUAGCUGAAAAGGCAUUGAUGUGUGUACAACCCCAUGGGAGUAUUAGACCAUCUAUAUCAGAAGUGUUGAAAGAGAUUCAAGACGCAAUCAUGAUAGAGAGAGAAAUGGAGGCGGCAAAAGAUGGUAACAAUGAUCUAUCGAGGAGUACAAUAAAUUCUAACAUGGGCUUGGGAUCCCUGGAUCUAGGUUUCAAUGAACCUUACCUUCUGCUUGACGAGUCCACUGUACAGCCAACAGCUCGAUAGUAUAUUCAAGUUCAAAUAUAAUCUUCUCCGUUGCGUCUUCAUCGCACGUAAAACUAAUGCUAAUCCAAGGUUAAAAAGCAAACAUUUUUAGUUAAAUAUUACAGUAUUUUAACUUGAACAUUAAACUCAUUAUUUCGGGAGUAAUUUUAUUGUAACCGAGUUAUUUGAUCUUUCAUAGUCAGAAACUGAAUUAUGUUUGGAAUUUACGACUCGUUCCCAUCUGUAUCCAGGAGCUGCUAUACAUCAUUUGGACAUCAUUAUGCA